ACAAAAAAGAAAAAGAAAAAGAAAAAGAAAUUCAUCUCUUUUUUCUUCUUUGAUUCAUGAAUUCAAAAUUAAAAUUGUGUGUGAAGAACAAGAACAAUUCUAAAUCUUCUUGUUAUUAUGUGAUGAUAUGGGAAUCGCUAAGGCUCCAUUGAUUUUCUCCACUAAUUCUUCUAUGUCCCACCAUUUUCAUCAUCAUCAACUCAAGAUUAAUCUCCUCCCCCAACAGAUCCGCCCUCUCCACUCCUUCUCCGACUCAAUUCCGCCGUCUACCGUCGCCGGAACAGACCCACAACUUCAUCAUGUUUAUGCACCUACACCUACUCCCGGGACUAUGUUAUCAGAAAUCUUCAACUUCCCUCCACCUUCUUCCUCUGCCGUCGUUGAAUUCUCCGACAAUUUCCCAACUUUACGCCCGCCCAACUCCGUUGCGCCCAUGCCGCUUUUUCUCAUGAACCCUCCUCCGCCACUGCGAUCCCCAUCGUCGCCCUCUACCUCCUCCACUCUCCACAUGCUCCUACCCAACCCACAUGGGGGUUUUCAAGGCGGUGUUGGCGUUGGAGAUCAAACGGAGUUUGGUCAAUUUGUCGUCGAAAGUCGAGGUCUUUCGCUCUCGCUUCAUUCGUCGGACAGUGGGGUGAAAGGUGAUGAAUUGGGAGUUAGGGAUGGUGGGGUUUUGUAUAGUUAUAACAACAACAACAACAAUCAAGUCGGGGAUGGAGGAAGUGGAUCAACAUCCUCAAUUUUGCAAUAUUCUUUGAAAAAUAAUUCAGAGAAUUCUCCUCUUGCUUCACAAAUUAUGAAUCCCAAUCAUCAAGUUCAAAUUGGAUUUGGGUCAUCUUUGGAAGUUGUAAAUGUGUUGAGGAAUUCAAGAUAUGUCAAACCCACACAGGAAUUACUCGAGGAAUUUUGUAGUGUUGGGAAGGUUCAAUUCAAGAAGAAUAAGUUCAAUACUGAAACCACCGCCUCCGCCACCGCCACCGCCGCCGGUGGCUCGUCAUCGUCGUCAAAAGUUCAACCUCCCUUAUCGGCUGCUGACAGAAUUGAACAUCAACGGAGAAAGGUCAAACUAUUGUCCAUGCUUGAUGAGGUUGAACGGAGAUACAACCUGUAUAGGGAGCAAAUGCAAAUGGUAGUGAACUCGUUUGACCUGGUGAUGGGGUUCGGGGCGGCAGCGCCCUACACAACAUUGACGCAGAAGGCGAUGUCGAGGCACUUCCGGUGUCUGAAGGACGCGUUAGCAGAUCAGUUAAAGCAGAGCUACGAGGCGUUGGGGGAGAAAGGCGGCAAUGGAGGCUACGGCGUAACAAAAGGAGAGACCCCAAGAUUAAAGCUUCUGGAACAGAGCCUCCGCCAGCAGAGGGCUUUCCAUCAAAUGGGUAUGAUGGAACAAGAAGCUUGGAGACCACAGCGUGGCCUCCCUGAACGAUCUGUCAGCAUUCUCAGAGCUUGGCUCUUCGAGCAUUUUCUUCACCCGUACCCCAGCGACGCAGACAAGCUGCUGUUAGCUCGACAGACUGGUUUGUCCAGAAAUCAGGUCUCGAAUUGGUUCAUUAAUGCAAGAGUUCGGUUGUGGAAACCAAUGGUGGAAGAAAUGUACCAACUUGAAGAUAAAGUCGAAACAGACCAUCAUAGUGAUCAUCAAGGAUCAGAAGACAAUAACAAUCAAACAAAAAACAGUGACAUGAAUGCACAAAAUCCAACACCCACCACUUCCUCUGCUGCUCCACUGCCACCAGCCACCACUGCCGCCGCCCAGCAAUUAACAGCUGCUUUCACGGCGACGCAUGAGUACUCAGAGCUUCAUGAUGUAUGGCGACAUGGAAGUGGAGAUCAUCAACAUUAUGAGACUGUUACAGGGACUGACAACAUGAAUAAUAAUCAUGGACCAACACUUAUAAGGUUUGGCCCUACUGCUACGGCCACCGGUGACGUGUCUCUCACUUUAGGGCUCCGCCACACUGGAAACACCUCCUCCUCUGCCGCCGCCGCCGCAGAUAACCCUUCUUUCUUCCUUAGAGACUUUGGUCACUCUUAGAAGAAAUUAAAAAAUCCCCCUAUGGAUAAUGAUCAACAGAUUAAAAUCACCCCCUUUAACUAAUGAAUAUAUCAUGGUCGAAUGGCAGUAUCAGUACGUAGCUGCAUUUGUAUAAUUAGGGCUUUCAUUUGUGGGGUUAAUUAAAUUAUUGUUAAUUGUAUAGUAGCUUAUCUUAACUAU